GUGUCGGCGCGGUGUUCCGUCCUGUGCGCCCCGGGAGGGGAGCCGUUCCUGCGGGAAGAAGCCCUGCGGGGCGGUCCGUCCGCCUCAGAGGGACGCUUCCGAAGUUGGAGGAAGCGGGAAGGGUGUUUGUCCCGCGGUGAGGCUGAAUUCACAUCCUCGCCAGCGUGCAGUGGGCUGCCCUGCUCCCGGGUCCCGAGGGAGCAUGCCCCUUACUAGCAGGCGCGGGUGAGCGGUGCGCAGGAGCUACCCAGCCCUGAACACCUAGUGAAAAAGGGCCGCGUAGCGCAGCGUGAAGGGAGCGGGCGCCGAUGGCUGCAGGCGGGAGAGCCUGUUCUGACUUUCCCUCACGGUAAGACGCCAGAAGGUUGGUUUCCUCAGAGCUGCAUAACAGGACAGCAAACCCGCCGUGGCUAUCUCGUGAUACUAAGUCAUUUACUUUUGUAAUUGCGAAGAUAAAACCUAAAUUUCCCGAGUCCCACACAGAUACCGCUGAACUACCUGCUUUCCACCGCUUUCCUUGUUUAACUUCCCCUUGGGGUCAGCUGGUCGUCAGCAUGCCUUCUACCGAGAACACCUCAAAACUUUUCCUGGUCCUCGUUUCAUUGCUGCUGGUGCUGCCAGUAGUUGAAGCCCUGGACGCAGGAGAUACCAUUGCCUUCCUACUAGGCCUCGCUGUCAGUGUCGUCGGAUUCUGUGCCUGCCUUGGCUUGUAUGCAAGGAAAAGGAACGGGCAGCAAUGAUUUCAAGAAGAUGCUCAGAUGAAGUGAAUUUCCAAACACGGCUUGGGGUUGAGAUCCGGGCUGUAAGACUGAGCUUCGCUUCUGGAUGACUUUGAAAAACCAUGUAGUAGAUAUUUCUGCAAACCCCUCUUACUGUGCAGUGCAACAGAAUCAAGACUGUACCUAGUAAAGGGGAUUUGUAGGAUCUGUCCUCUUGACAGUAAGAUGAUUUUAUAUUGCUUGUGAUUAAAUAUUGCCUUAGAGAAGGGUAAGAACUUUUUGAAUGGGGAAGGAAAACCAUAGAGUGGUUCACAGUACAUGUUUAUAAAUAGAACAUGUGAGGGAGACCCAUCAACAAGUUCCACAAUUUUGGUUUCAAGGGUUAAUCAGGAGGAAGCAGCUAUCAAUCUUCCAGUCAGGAUGACAGAGCUUUGGAAGUACUCCUGUACUUAGAUAGCUAGCGAGCGGACUGCUUUGACUUGUGUGCACGUGCUCCCAUUCUCUGUAAUGACAGUGGACACCUAACUGCUCACUUCUGCUGUCACAGGGAUGAGACUUCAGAGAACUAAGAAAACAUAGAAAACUUUUUUUUUUAAUUACUUUUAUUUUAUAAUGAGCCUCUCCUGUAGCCUGUGUUCUUGUUACCAAGUAGAUACACUUAAGAGUGGGACCGCUAUUUUUCUUUAACAUGUAUUUCACAGAAUAGUACCUGUAAGGCUACGUAAAUCAGAUUAGGGAUAUGUUUUUUGUCUCUUGUUUAUUUUUUUUAUCUGGCUUUCCUUUAGGCACACCAGGCUUAAGGCUCAUUUCAUUCAGUGUUUGUAUUUUUUUUCCCCAAAACUGAGACCUACCUAUUUUAAUGAGGAAUUAUAUGUAGUAUUUCUGCAUUAGGGAGUUAUUAGAAUUAUAACAAGACAGUUGUGCAUAUUUCUUUUGCAAUAUGGAAAGAACAUGUUUUGUUAAAAUCCUGGUUUUAGUCAACAGGUCCGUUGUUCUGAAGUGUCUUCCUCAUGACAAACUUACAUUGCUAGCUAAACAUUUAGGCUUCUUACCUAACUGAUGCAUGUGUGUUCCACAGAAGAUUAGGACCAAAACCAAAGUAAAAAAUCCUGAUACAAAAUGGGAGAUGUAAAUAGUCUUAUUCUAUUCAUGCGCAGUCAGAUUGUAUGGUAUACGGUUGAAAGACUCUACUCAGUAGCAUAUCCAGGACCUGUUUCUUUCUUUAAGUACCAAAGGUGAAAUGGCACAACCAAGAAUGUCUGCUGCAAGUCCCUCUGGUUUGCUAGGGUGUUCUAGCUGUCUGUUUCAGACAAGGAGCACAAUCUGUAACAGCAGCAGAAUAAGGAGCGUAGGAAGGUGAGCUCUCCACGGUUCACAGAAUUUCCUUCUGAUCUUGUGCUGUGGACACUGCCACUCUUGCUCGAAAUCUUGGCUUUUAUCUUUCAGAGCUGGGGAAAAAGGUUAAAUGUGAUGCAGAGCUAUAUAUUUUGAUACUAAUCCUCCCCUUCCUCUGUAAGUGUCUCUGUUCAGUAGAGCACAAAGCAAUGGCUAGAAGAGUUGUCAGGCAGGUCUUAUAUAAGUAAUUGGGUGGGCAGAUCAUGUUCUCCAAAUUCUAAGAUUUCUGUAUGCUAUUUGUGGCUGGUUUGACUUCUCUCUCCAACCUCUGAGGAGACAGAUGCCCUGGUUAUUUCAGUCUUGCAAUUUAUGUCCCUCUCUCAUGGUCGAUGGAGGCAGGACGGUAAAACGAAAGCUUCCAGAAUUGCAUGGGGUUGAAACUGUAGGACUCAUCCCAGCAAGCCACAAGAAUGUAGGUUUCUGCUCUCAAGUUACAGGAAUAAUAACAGUCACAAAGUUGCUCUGAUGAGAUGCAGGUCUUGACAAGUAGCUGUUCUUGAACCCUUUUUGUGGCUUCCAAAAGUCAGAAAGGGACGUGGUGCACAAUUACUAUGUACAAGUGAAAUUUACAGCCCUAAGAGGAGCUUCAGACAGUCGUGUCACCUUUGAAAGCUGCCUAGCAGCAGUAGAUGAUCCUAUAUGUGAUUAUUCAACUGAGUGGAUGCAAGCACACAUCAAGUGUGGUCUUCCAUGUUGCAGCUUGGCUAAACCAUUACCCUUAACAAAAAACCAAACCACAAAAUCACCCCUCAAUUCACUUUAUAUUUCCAAAAAUUAGAGAAUUUUGCCAAUUUUUCAGUAGAAUAUUAAAUAUUGCUUUUUCAGUAGAAUACAUUUUAUCACAAGCAGCUUUUCACAGACUCCUUUACCUUCACUUUGGAAAAGAUCCCUGGCAAUAGUUUCACAGAAUUGUGCAACAGUUUCACUGCAGGAGAACAGAAUUUUAGCAGAGUAAUUGGCAUCAGGCGAUAGGGAUAUGAGGAACUGUGUUCUUUGCCCAAACCUGUAUGUACUUCACUGAAAGGUGUUUGCACAGUGUAAUGGCGUUGUUUCCUGGGUUCUGACAGAAGCUUUAUUGUUAAAGACUUGCAUUUGUCAAUGACUUGAGUGUAAAAUCGGAUACCCCUGUUUUUCUUCUGUCUUAAUAAACUUUCAUGUAUGAUUUGUCAUCA